GAGGGUGGGAGAGAAGGAGAGAGUCAGACAGCCGCGUGGAGAGAGGAAACCAGCAGAAGGGUGUGGACCUGACGAAAAGGAAGAGAGAAAAAAAAAAGAGGAGAGGCUUCGCCCUCAGUGUGCAUUUGACCGUACCUGUGUGCAAGCAGGUGGGACUUUGAUGGGACAGUGAGCAAUGCCUCACACGCAGAGACAGCAGGUUGGCAGCAGGGGGCAAGGCACCUCCCGCUUCCUCCUCCUCCUAUCCUUUGCUGGUCAGCCCGGCCAUGCAGCCUUAAACAUCCCCACUAACUACCACAUAAGUGAUUUCAAGAGGCCUCCAAUGAUCACCACGCAGCCAGAGAGCGUCACUGUGUUCAGCGUUGAAGACCUCGUCAUGAGCUGUGAAGCCACUGGCAACCCUCCACCCAUUUUCCGAUGGACGAAGGAUGGAGAGGAGUUCGACCCAGGCACUGAUCCAGAGCUGAAGGUUACUGAGAGCUCUGGUUCGUUUGUAUUCUAUACACUCAGUAUCACCAUGGACAACCUGAAGCAGUACCAAGGCAAAUAUGUCUGCUAUGCAUUCAACGAGCUGGGAACAGCCGUGUCCAAUGAGGCCAUACUCAACAUUGAUGUCCUUCCUACUCAGCAGAAGGAAAAAAAGGUCCAAUUGAAGGAAGAGGAGGGAAACAGCGUUGUUCUGAAGUGUAACCCGCCGCCGAGCUCUAUGGAGCCCAUCAUUCACUGGAUGGACUGGAAACUACACCAUAUCCAGCUAAGCGAGCGGGUGACAGUGGGGAAGGAUGGCAAUUUGUACUUUGCCCAUUUGACGACAGAAGACAGUAGGGAAGACUACACUUGCAAUGUGCAGUAUUUAGCAACACGUACCAUUCUGGCCAAGGAGCCCAUCACUCUUCUUGUUAACCCCUCUAACUCAGUUCUGUGGAACAGGAGGCCCCAGAUGAUGAGGCCUACUGGAUCACACAGCACUUAUCAUACCCUCAGAGGCCAAACCCUGGACAUAGAGUGCAUCGUCCAAGGCCUUCCUACUCCCACAGUGUCAUGGCUGAGGAAGGAUGGCGAAUUGUCUGAAUCACGGACCAGCAAAGAAAUGUUUGACCGUCGCUUGCGAUUCACAAAUAUCUCAGAGAGCGAUGGCGGCGAGUACCAGUGCAUAGCUGAGAAUUCACAGGGCAAAGUUAUGCACACUUACAUCGUGUCUGUGGAGGCGGCUCCUUACUGGACCAAAGAACCCAUCAGUCAGUUAUACGCCCCGGGAGAGACAGUUAGACUGGACUGCCGGGCUGAUGGCAGCCCCUCUCCAACCAUCACCUGGACCAUGAACGGAAACCCUCUCUCAACAAGUGACCAGGACCCCAUUCACACUCUAAUGACAAGUGGAUCUCUGAUCCUGAAGGAUGUUAAUUUUGAAGACACUGCCAUCUACCAGUGCCGGGCUUCCAACAAGCAUGGAACCAUCCUCACCAACACCAAUGUCUACGUCACUGAGCUACCACCACAGAUCCUUACUGAAGAUAGGAUUUCUUACACAGUUACAGAGGGCCAGAAGGUAUUAAUGGAGUGUGAGACCUUUGGCUCUCCCAAACCUAAAGUCAUAUGGGAGAGUGGGAGUACUUCUUACCUUCUGGCAGAUUCCAGGAUUAACCAGCUCACCAAUGGUGGGCUUGAGAUCUCUAAUGUCACUCGUGACGACGAGGACCUAUACACCUGCUCUGUGCACAACACCAACCUGUCAGUCAGAGCAGAACUGGAAGUGCUCAACAGGACAGUGAUCGUGUCACCGCCACAGGCUCUGAAGGUGCAGUCUGGAAACACAGCAAUCUUCACCUGCCAGGCCUUGGUUGACUCCAGACUCAGUCCUGCACUCAUUCAGUGGAGGAAGAGUGGUCAGAAGCUCUUUCAGUCUGACAGUGAAGACAAAUAUACAUAUGAAGGACCAGACCUGAUUGUCACUAAUGUGGAACCAAGUGAUGAAGGCGUGUACACCUGUGAGGUCAUCACGAGGCUAGAUAUGGAUAAUGCAAGUGGCACUCUUACGUUAGUUGAUCGUCCGGAACCCCCUAAGCAACUUCAGCUCACUAACUCCAAGCAGCGUACCGUUACCCUCAGCUGGACUCCCGGGGAUGACCACAACAGCCCUGUGCUCGAAUAUGUAGUUGAGUUUGAGGACCAAAAUUCAAAGGAGAGGGGCUGGGAAGCACUGAAGAGAGUAAGAGGAAACAUGAGGAGCGUCAGCCUGUCUCUGUGGCCCUACAUGUCAUACCGUUUCCGUGUCACUGCCAUCAAUGAUGUUGGCAAGAGUGACUUCAGCAGACCCUCUGAGGUUCACAACACACCGGCCGAAGCUCCAGACAGUAACCCUGAGGAUGUUCGUAGUGAGUCCACAGACCCAGACACCCUGACCAUCAUUUGGAAGGAAAUUGACAAACGUAACUUCAAUGGACCUGAUUUCAAAUACCGGGUGCUGUGGAGACGAGUGGUGGGCAGCGGGCCGAACUGGCACACCAACUACACAACUGCGCCACCUUACAUGGUCACUGACGUUGGCAGCUUCUCUUCCUUUGAGAUCAAAGUCCAGGCUAUCAAUCAACAAGGGGAGGGGCCUGAGCCAGACCCUGUCAUUGGCUACUCAGGAGAGAAUUUUCCGACGGGGGCUCCUAUAAAUGUGGGCGUUGUGCUCCUGAAUAGCACUUCCAUCAGGGUGACCUGGGCAAAGAUAGACAAAGAUACCGUCAAUGGACACCUGCUGGGAUACAAGAUCCACCUGACAAGGACCGGCUAGGGGCACCACCGACGCCGAAGGGCCAGGGAACCAGUGACCACUAUGGUUGUAGAGACUGGGGCCAAUGAAGAGAAGAAGGUGAUCAGUGAUCUUAGACCAUACUCCCACUACACCCUAACGGUCACUGUGUUUAACGGCAAAGGAGAAGGACCCCCAUCUGAGAUGUUAUCCUUCAAGACUGAUGAGGGAGUUCCUGGUCCUCCAACCUCCUUGAUGCUGAAUAGUCAAUCGGAGACAGAAAUGACCCUCCACUGGACACUACCCAUCCAUCCCAAUGGAGUCCUCAUUGGAUAUUUGCUGCAGUACCAACAGAUUGUGGAGACUGACGACAGCCCCAUGCAGGUGGCCAUAGACGACCCAAAUGUCACCCACCUCACUGAGGGCCUAGACAAACAUAGCCACUGCUUCUACUUGAGGGGGCGCACAGCUGGGGAUGGAGAACCCAUAAUGAAGGCGGGUGCCACCACACUGGAUGGAGCCCCUCCCACUAAACAGCUCUCUGUGGGAGAGAGGUUUGUUAACUUCAGCUGGGUCCCCAAGAAGAGACAUAGAAACAUAAACUUCCAGAUCCACUAUCUUAAACAAGAAGAUGGGAGAAAAUGGAAGACAGAGAAGGUGAACUCUUCACAGUCUUUCUACCAGCUCCAGGCCCUGAACCCUGGCUCUUUUUACCACAUACGAUUCACCUACACCAACACCAGUUUCUGGGAGAAAGACAUUGAGACAGAAGGAACAGAAGUGAAGGAAAUGCAGCAGAGCUUUGCCACACAGGGCUGGUUCAUUGGACUCGUGAGCGCCAUUGUGCUGCUGCUGCUGUUAUUACUCAUUCUGUGCUUUAUCAAGAGGAGCAAAGGGGGAAAGUAUUCAGUGAAAGAUAAAGAGGAAGGCCCCAUGGACUCAGAAGCCCGCCCUAUGAAGGAUGAGACUUUUGGAGAGUACAGAUCUCUAGAAAGUGAUAAUGAGGAGAAACGCACAGCCAGCCAGCCAUCGCUGUGUGAAGACAGCAAGUUGUGCAGUGUGGACAACCUUGACUACCACGACAGUGGUGCCACAAACAAGUUGAACAUGGAUGAGCCGCUGGUCAGUCAGUUCAGUCAGCCCAGUGAGGAUCCAGCGCCACUCCACGGCCUACCAGAGAGCCCCCUGCUCAACCCCGCCACUAUCUCCUUAGACAACAACGGCCUGCCCAACUCAGUCACCAUCCUGGAUUAACCCCCCAUAUUUCUUAUGGGGGUCAUCAGACCAAAAUAUGUCAACACAUAUGUGCCCAUACUCUCCUUUUCACCUCUGACCUGCUAAUCUGUAGUUUGAUGAGUAAGAUACAAUCAAUGUAUUGACUAUUCAGAUGCCCUGACAGUCAUCUGAUUGACUGGACUCUGUUGACCAAAGGAGUGUCCAAUCUAGUGGACAAUGUCUGACUGACACAAGUUAAUGAUGUCCUUUGUCCUCAAACCCAGUGUAGUUUAUGACACACUCAAAUGACUGACAUUUACUUACUUUUCUCUCUCUCUCUCUCUCUCUCUCUCUCUCUCUCUCUCUCGCUCUCCACAAAACAACUACAGAAAGAAAGAAUGUUGUACAGGUAGACGUUUCAGGGGGAUCAUGCGUACAUGCUCUUGUCAAGCUGCAGAGUACAUUGAAAGAGAAAAAUGAUGGCCGGACCUCGUGGGAAACAAACAGCAGGCACUGCUGUAAAGUCUGAUGUGUUAUGUUAUGUAUUAUGUUGCAUAUUAUUUUCUAUAGCUAAUGCUGCAUACAUUUUUUAAAUUUCAACAAAUUCAUUUGAACACAGACUUUAGUUUCUAUCUUUUGUAUUUGUUUGUGUUUUUUUUUAACAGUAGCUGCCAGAGACCACAACACUUCCAGAUUGAGACCACACCAGUGAAAGCAGAAAAGCCAUACAAAUGCAAAAACUAUUUGCAUAAAAUUAACAACAGACAGGUGCACACCUUUUUGCAAAU